AUGUUUCACAAAAUCGACCCACAUUUGAAUUGUGAUAAUAAUGUAGAUGGUGGUGAUGUAGAUGAUGGUGGUGUAGAUGAUGGUGACGUAGAUGAUGGUGGCGUAGAUGAUGGUGGCGUAGAUGAUGGUGUUGUAGAUGAUGGUGAUAUAGAUGUUGCUGUAGUAGAUGAUUAUGGUGAUGUGGAUGGUGGCGAUGUAGAUGAUGGUGAUGUAUAUGAUGGUGAUGAAGAUGAUGUCGAUGAUGUAGAUGAUUUGGCUGUCGAUGAUGGCGAUGUAGAUGAUGUAGAUGGUGGCGAUGUAAAUAAUGGCGAUAUAGAUGAUGGUGAUGUAGAUUAUGGUGGUAUAAAUGAUGGUGGUGUAGAUGUAGAUGAGGGUGAUGCAGAUGAUGGUGCUGUAGAUGAUGGCGAUGUAGAUGAUAGUGCUGGAUAUUAUAGUGCUGAAGAUUAUGGUGAUGUAGAUGGUGAUGUAGAUGGUAAUGUGGAUGAUGGUGAUGUUAAGAUAUCACACAGGAGUGAGAAGACGAUAUUUGACGUUUCUAAUUGA